AUGCUGGAUUUACGCGAGUUAGGAACCGGGUCGCGGACACAGGUCAUUGAGCCAACAAACAAUGUCCUUCGGUUACGUCCUACUGAAGAGAGAGAAGAGCAACCACACUCACAGCAACAUCGCAGCGAAGAUGACGGUCCGACGUCCGUCCUACAAACCCUGAAGACGAAAACGAAGACAAAAUCUAAACAAAAGAAACCACGAGUGCGGUGGACGCAAGAUGUCGUUGAUAACGAACACAUGAAUAAGAAAAAGACAAAGAUAUGUUGUAUAUUCCAUCCGCAGCGGUCGUUUGAUGAGGAAGAGGCGCAUGAUCACGAACAUGAUCAUGGUGGACAUGGGUGUCCUAGCUCCAGCUCAGAUUCAAGUAGUGAUGAGAGUGAUGCUAGCGAUGGCGAGAGUGGUGCUGGUGGUGCUGGUGGUGCUGGAGGAGGGAACGGCAAGAGCAAGAAUGGUGGCGGUGGUGGUAAUGUCAAUGCGUACGAGUAUCAACCCAAGUAUGAGAACCGGUCGAAGUUGCCUUCUAAUCCCAGUUAA